GGGGGCUACAGGCAGGAGCGGCAGGGAUUGGGCCCAGGGAUUGAGCAGCACCCUUGCUCAGCCCCGCUGACUGGGGUUUUUAGGCUGCUCAGAUCCUGACCCCAUCCUGCAGACAGCUCCUAGAGGGAGGUGGGACCCGGGAAGGCAGUGUCUGGGGUGCAGGGCCAGGACCCGAGGGGAGGCAAGAGGGGCGGAUGGAGCCCCGGGCAGGCUACUACAACCCAGUCCCAGGAUGAUAAGAGACAGAGGCCUCCCUUUGGGAUGGCUUUUUCCUGGGAGGGGAGAGGUUUCCUUCCCCCAGCCCUUCCCCCAGCUCCAGCCCUCCACCCCUCCAUGCCCUCCCCUACCCCUCCUUUCCCAAGGAAAGCAUAGGGUAAGAAGGGCAGUUUUAGGAGCAGCUACACCCUCCCUCCUUUUCAGGGGCCCAGCCACUGUGAACCUCUCUAAAACUCCACAGCCUCAGGGGAUCCCAGAUGACAAGGGGUUACUCCUGGUUCCUGGGGUGGAAGCUUCCCAACAUAGGGCUGCCUGAAGCUUGGCCAGAUCUGCCUCAACUUGCUGAACUGAGUUUGCCCCACCCGGGGCAGUUUCUCCUAAGUCCCUACCCUGGGCCCUCACCAUGGCCAAGUCCCCCGGCUGCUGCUCCGUCUGGGCCCGCUGCCUCCACUGCCUGUAUAGCUGCCACUGGAGGAAAUGCCCCAAAGAGAGGAUGCGAACCAGCAAGGAAGAAAAUCUUCCUCCAAUAUGAAAAGAGCAGGCUGCAGAGCAGAGCAGCCCAACGCCUGGCAGGAAGCCCCCUUGAGCUGCCAUUCGUUGGGGACUCUGAGCUGGAAGUGGGGAUCAGCUGUGAGCUUCUCUCCUGUCCCUGUUGCAGUGCGACUCUCCUGGCCCUGCUCCUGCGGCUCUCUGGCCAGCCUCUGCGUCUGCACAGUGUCCACAAGGUGCUGCUGCUCCUCAUUAUGCUUCUUGUGGCCGCUGGCCUUGUGGGACUGGACGUCCAAUGGCAGCAGGAGUGGCGUAGCUUACGUCUGUCAUUGCAGGCCACAGCCCCAUUCCUUCAUGUUGGAGCAGUUGCUGGCAUCACCCUCCUGGCCUGGCCUGUGGCUGAUACCUUCUACCGUAUCCACCGAAGAGGUCCCAAGAUUCUGCUACUGCUCUUAUUUUUUGGAGUUGCCUUGGCCAUCUACUUGGCCCCCCUGUGCAUCUCCUCACCCUGUAUCAUGGAACCUAGAGACUUACCUCCCAAGCCUGGGCUGGUGGGACACCGAGGGGCCCCCAUGCUGGCCCCCGAGAACACCCUGAUGUCUCUGCGGAAGACAGCUGAAUGUGGAGCUGCUGUGUUCGAGACCGACGUGAUGGUCAGCUCCGACGGGAUCCCCUUCCUCAUGCAUGAUGAGCACCUGAGCAGGACCACAGAUGUGGCCUCUGUGUUCCCAACCCGAAUCACCACCCACAGCAGCGACUUUUCCUGGGCUGAACUGAAGAGACUCAAUGCUGGGGCCUGGUUCCUAGAGAGGCGACCCUUCUGGGGGGCCAAGCGGCUGUCAGGCCCUGAUCGGAAAGAGGCUGAGAAUCAGAGAGUACCAACAUUGGAAGAGCUAUUGAAGGAAGCUGCAGGCCUCAACCUUUCCAUCAUGUUUGACUUGCGCCGCCCCCCACCAAACCACACAUACCAUGACACCUUUGUGAAUCAGACAUUGGAGACUGUGCUGAGCGCAAGGGUGCCCCAAGCCAUGGUCCUUUGGCUACCAGAUGAAGAUCGGGCUAAUGUCCAACAACGAGCACCCAGAAUGCGCCAGAUAUAUGGACAGCAGGGAGGCAACAUAACUGAGAGGCCCCAGUAUUUCAACCUCCCCUAUCAAGACCUGCCACUGUUGGAUAUCAAGUCACUACACCAGGACAAUGUCUCGGUGAACCUAUUUGUAGUGAACAAGCCCUGGCUCUUCUCCUUACUCUGGUGUGCAGGGGUGGAUUCAGUCACCACCAACGACUGCCAGCUGCUGCAGCAGAUGGGUUACCCUGUCUGGCUUAUUCCCCCUCAAACAUACCUAAUGAUGUGGAUUGUUACUGAUUGUGUCUCCACCCUGCUGCUUUUGUGGACCUUCCUGCUCCAAGGGAGAUGUGCUAAGGAGAGAGAGAGAACUGGCUUAGAAACAGCAGUGCUGCUGACCAGGAUCAACAAUCUCAUAAUGGAGUGAAUGCCCUGCCCUGGGCCCCCACCAGCCAGAGUCUGAGGCCCGUCUGCACUAGCCAACAGCAAGGAAAGCAGAAUGGCUGAAGUGGAAUGUUAGCCCGUUUGGGGUGGGGUGAACUUUGCCAACAGGAGGUUUUGAACUAUGAGGGUGCUCUGCCCAGAUGGUGGGCAUGCCCCAAGUUUCCAUGGAAUCUGCUCCCCUUGGGGUUUUGACCUGAGGUGGUUGGGAAGACAAUGAGUCAUGAGAAGUUUCUCCCAAAACAAAACUAGAACAGAGGAAGUGAAAAGGAGAUUGCUAAGAUAAUGUUUCAGACCUGUGUGCACGUGUCCUUGUGUAGAAGGCACAGGGUGUGUCAGGGAUGUGAGAGCUUGGAACAGCGACUGAAGGAGAUGACAAAACGGCCUUUCCUGGAGAACUGUGAGAUGAUGGAGACGCCAACCCCCCUCCCCUCACUGUCUCCCCUGAUCCCUGCAAUUUAGCUGCUUUCCUGCCUAGAGGCUGGGGGCUAAAGAGCCCAUCUAGCCAUGUAAUUUUGUGCUUUUUGCUGUGCACAGCCUUUUCUUCGAGACAGGUUGAUUCCUGUAUCUUGUCUGUUAAUCUGUUAAUCAAUGAAUUUAAUUCCCAUUUGG